AUGCUUAUAAAAGAAGUCUAAAAAUUCUGUGAACAAAGGAAAAUUGUAUUGGAUGUGAAAAAGAUGGUGACAGAGUUUUCAUUGAAGUAAGGAUUGAUUCGAAAUAAAAGUAAGUUUAUCAUAUGAACGUAGAUGAUAGUCAACAUUGGUUCGGCAUAAAAUUCAAUAAAUACGUCGAAAUGAACGAAGAAUUGAAAGCGAAAACGGAGAGACAAGAAAGCUUCUUAUAAGAGUAUUAGCAUUAAUCUAAUGUUCAUUUAGAAUUUAAUUAAUCAUAGAACGGGGAUAUCGACCAGACAAGGAAGCAAAAGAUUUGAAACGCAGAAAUAAGGGGUAAAACAAAUCGGAAAAAUAAACUAAAAAUCUCAUCUAAUAAAUUAAAGAAGCAGAAUUAGAAUUAAUGGUAUGUCUUAACUUACCUAGUUAUAUUGGUUAUAAUUUAACAACUUUAUUUCUCCAAUACAUAAAGACUUUGGAGAAUUACCAAGUUAUAAUCCAAAAAAAACACAACCAUUUAGAGUGGGCUUCCCUUAUACUAAGAAAAUCGAAAUUAAAGGCAAUACAAUUAAUUUAACUCCCCAAACGCCUAUUGACAAAAUAAUAAUUACAGAAAAUUAUCAAUUACAUGACAUCAUAGAUUUUGAGUAAAAAGAUAAUUAAAUAUUGAUAAAUGAUAAGGUAGUAGUCAGUGUGUGCUCAUCUAAUUCAAUAGCUAUGGAAUAGCAAUUCAUUUAACUUGAGUAAAUUCGAAGAUAAUUGAAAAAAAACUCAAAAUAUGUAAUCACUCCAAGUUUAGGACUGAAACAUUAUGAGGCUUCAAAAGUUGAAUUAAUUGGAGAAGAUGAUGAUGGGGAACUUAAACGAAUUGCUAGUAGUUCGAAUUUGAUUGAUCAUGUGUAUACAAGAUAUCAGAAUAGGAAUUAAUAAUUCCUUAUUGUGACUGAGUUAGAAUGA